UUUUUUUUUAACAAAUGACAUAAAAUUGCACUCAUUAUUUGUUUUCACUUUCUUUUCUUUGUCUUUAUUGUUUGUCUGUUUGACCUAAAGAAAUAGUCAUCCAUUGCUACUAUACCUUGGGACAAUGAGACAUUGCUUACACACCAAUGACCUUUUCAUGUUUAUUUUAAUUUUAUUCUCUAGAGCUUAGGGGUCCAACGUAAGGUACAGUUGUGUCAGACCAAGACAAAAAGCUAACUUUAUUUUUAAAUCCUGAGCUGCACCUGAACAUGGCUUGAUAAACAACUAAACUUAUUUCAUAGUUCUACCCAGAGUUCCAACCAAAGGCAUCCUGGUGUUUGGAUCACUAAGGAGGCUGAGUGAUCUGGUGCAAAACUACAGAACGCUCUAAAGACGCGUCACCAUAUCUUAUUGUCCAUUGAACUCUUUAUGGAAUAGAGAUUUGUUUUUAAUACUGCUGAAAUAAUGAGAUGCUUAUCAAUCUGAUUAAAGUGUGCUUUUGGUCCAUGCAGGCAAGCUAUAAGUUGGGACUUUGCAGAACAGGAGAGAUUUUUACCAUGAAGGGUCCCAGCUCCAAAUGGGCCUUCUCACUGGGCUUCGUGGUGGGAACCUGCAGCAUGUACUUCUUCCUGCAUCAGGUGUGGUUUGAGCAAAGCUACCCUGUGCUCUCUGAGGCUCAGGAGACAGCCACAGCAGCAGCGGAGCGGCCAAGCAUUUGGAGGAGAGAAGGAGGGGCGCUCAUCAACCUGCUCCACCCUCACCAAGCUGGUGCUGUGCAUGCAUGUUGUGAUGAAGACAGCAAGGUGGCAGACAUGCUGUUUCAGAGGGUUCGCAUUCUCUGCUGGGUAAUGACAAGACCAUAUAACCUCCAGAGCAGGGCCAGCCAUGUCCGAGCCACCUGGAGUCGGCGCUGCAACAUUGUGGUGUUCAUGAGUUCCGUGGAAGAUCCCUCCUUUCCCACUGUGGGGCUGGGCACCAAAGAGGGCCGCGACCAGCUCUACUGGAAAACCAUCCGAGCCUUCCAGUAUGUCUACAAGCAUCACGUGAAUGAAGCAGACUGGUUCCUUAAAGCUGAUGAUGACACCUUUGUGGUGGUCGAUAACCUGCGUUGGCUUCUGUCCAACCACACUCCUGAAGAGCCCAUCUAUUUUGGUAAACGCUUUAAGCCGUACACCAAACAGGGUUAUAUGAGUGGAGGUGCGGGGUACGUGCUCAGCAAGGAGGCCCUUAGAAGAUUUGUCGAAGGUUUCCGGACCAAGGCUUGCACACACACCACCCCUGUUGAAGAUCUGGCCUUGGGUCAGUGUUUGGAGAAGAUGGGCGUUCUGGCAGGGGACUCCAGAGACACGUUGCAUCGGGAAACGUUUCACCCGUUUGUGCCGGAGCACCAUCUCACCACAAAGUUUUCCAAGAGCUUCUGGUACUGGAGUUAUUGUUUCUACCCGAUUGUUGAGGGUCCACAGUGCUGCUCGGACCUGGCUGUGUCAUUCCAUUAUGUGGAAGCACAGCUGAUGUAUACUCUGGAGUAUUACACCUACCACCUGAGAGCUUAUGGCUACGUACCACGCUACCUGCCCUCCGUGCACCGCAGGCCGAGACUGCACCCGCAGACGAAGAUGGCCGCUGCUGUGGGCGUUAAAGUGUCUCAGGAGGUGAAGGACACAACCAAUAGCACAGCCCCUGCUCUGCUUGUCAACAGAAACCAAACCAUAGAACAGACACUAGCAGAGAGGGGCAGGAAAGAAGAUGGCGAUUUUAAUUUACCCAUAAAUAAGACUGUAAGCACACAAGGCAGCCAUCACUGAUUACAGAUGCUGCUGAUGAAUCUUCAAGUGCUGUUUAUCAGAUCUGGUUGCAGCUUCUUCCACACCAUGACAAGGUGAUCAAAGGCAGGAUGGAGAUUUUUUGAACUCAAAAGGUUUGCUGCUCUGUGAAGUAUAUUGGCCACGGUAAUAUUAUAAUACCCCCAUGGAUAUAAUCUCAGAAUAUUUCCCAGUAUUUCUCAGACAGCGCUCCCAGUGGGAGUGGAGACAAAUUAAUUGUGGCUCAGUGGCAGCUGCGUAUUGCCUGGGUAUAUUUCUACCUAAUGUAAAAACAUGCUUUUUGCCUAAUCAUGUUUGACUGCGCCUGGGUGUGUGACCCAAUCAGCGAUUUUUGUAGUGACGCAGAAACAUUUUCACUUAUGUCAUCAUUACUUUUAUUACAUUUUUCUUAUUAAAAUAAAUAGAUAAGCAGUACAUUAUGAAACUGUGAAGUACCCAGGAUUUUUAUUGACACUGAUUUUAAUUGAUGCUCAACUUAUUGCACUAUUUUAACCUUUUAAACCACAUGCACAAAUAAACUUUGAAAUAUUGUGA